UCAACCUUUGACCAUACAGCCAAAAGGAGGCCAUGGAAAUAGACGAGGAGUUAUUCAAUGACUUUUCGUAUAGUGUAGACCAAUUAAUGGAAUUAGCUGGACUAAGUUGUGCCACAGCCAUAGCCCAGGUCUAUCCUGCUAGUAGUAUGGGUGGAGAUCCAACAGUACUAAUCUGCUGCGGACCAGGGAACAAUGGAGGAGAUGGAUUGGUUUGUGCUAGGCAUCUUAAAUUCUUUGGCUAUUUUCCAACCAUAUUCUACCCCAAACAACCUGACAAGAAGCUCUUCAACAAUCUCAAGGCACAGUGUGAUACUCUCGAUAUUCCUUUCCUCUCCUACCUCCCGUCAUCCCAGCUCAUCAAUACUUCCUAUAAUUUUGUUGUCGAUGCUCUCUUUGGCUUUAGCUUCAAAGGAGCAGUGAGGGCGCCAUUUAUUGAAGUUCUUGAGAACCUGAAACACAUCAGCAUACCGAUAUGUAGUAUUGAUGUACCUUCAGGUUGGGAUGUAGAGGAGGGAAACCCAGACGGUCUGAAACCAGAGCUUCUGAUCUCACUGACAGCACCCAAGAAGUGCGCUAAACUCUUCCAAGGAAAACAUCACUUUCUGGGUGGUCGCUUCAUUCCACCAGAGAUGGCAAGCCGUUAUGAACUCUCACUACCAGACUAUCCCGGUACUGAUUGUAUCGUUCAGUUAAAAUGAAAGAUCCAGGAGACUGGGAGGGAAAAAUAUGCAUACUGGAAUUGAGGUAUAGCUAGUCUAUAUAGAGUUUAUUUAUAGGAAUGGUGUUCCUAUGUAUUGAACAGAUAAAGAGAGAAAUACUGGAAAUAGCUAAUGAAGAACAAAUUGCAAACAGUAUGGUGUAAGAAUUCAGCUGCCUAGUAUGGGGCAUUUUUUUUUAGCCUGAUUUUCUAAAAAACAUUCUUUUGCAUCUAUGUUGUAAGAUUUUUUUUUAUUUGUGUAUGUCCUGUAGAAUGCUCUGACACCUGUUUAGCAUUUGUUUCUACUUGCUAUUUUUGUAGUUAUUUCCCUUCAUCUCAAAUUGAAAUAGACAUUGUGAAUAAUUAUAUAUAGCCAGGAGGAAAAGGUGUGAACCAUGAACAUUGUAAUUAGAUUAUAUAAAGACAAGAUCAUUUUUUAACUGGUUACCAGGAAAUUUAUUUAGCAGAUUAAUGGCAAAAGUAUUUAUAGACAAAUGUAUAAGUGUUUAACAUGUUUUGUUUUAAAAAUAUAUGUAAUACUUUUGUAGGUGUAAUGUAAAACUUUUUUAAUGGAGGUAAUCUUUCUCAUUCGCAAGUAGUCUUCAGUAUAGGCCUUUUUAUCAAAUUGAUUUGUAUUGAUUUUUCCAUGUAGGAAAUGUAUUUCAUUAUUUAUUGUUUUUAAGCAAGAAUGACAAAAGUCAAAGGACAAUGAAAUGUUAUUAUCCUGAUCAUCAAUUUGUGGAGCCUGUUUAAAUGAACUGUAGAUGGCGCUAUAACAUUUUGCAGUGAGAGUUCAAUUCACUUUUUACUGUUCAGCUGUACAGUUUGCAACUUUUCCUUCAAGCUGAUUAAAGCCUCUCAUCUUUUGUCACAAGUUAACAUAUGGUUAUCACAUUGAUAAUAAUUUUUUUUUCUUAAUGUUUAUAUUUUAGAUGUACAAUGUGUAUAUUGGGGUGUGAAUUGCAUACCAUUUAAUUCCAGUAAUAAAAUGUCUCCAUUUAAUCUACUUGUUUUUAUGCAUCAACACAAAUAUAUCAUUUGGUUGCUACAUUAAGAUAUUAAUUGCAUCUUGUAGAAAUUCCCAUAACACAUUCAUAAGAGUGUACUCCCGUCUCAGGCCAUGCAUUAUACUUCAUGAGGCCGUCUCACAAAGUCUUGGGAUCAAUGCAGAUCACUCACCCUUUUAAUGAUGAUCUUAAUUGUGUGCAUUAAGUUUAGAUCAAUUACAAAUUUGUAAUUGAUCUGCAUCAGUCACAUCCCUUUUUUAAGACAGGCACUAGGGUGUUACAUGCACCUUGUCAUCAGAACCUAGGUCACACCAUUGUAUAUUGAGCCCCUG